AUGAAAUGCACCAAGUCUUUAGAUGAUUUAUGGCUUGAGGGCUUAGCUCCUAAUAAAAAAUCUGAACUUGAGAAAAUUGCUUGGAGUACUAUAUUUCUGUAUUUGUCUAAUAAUGUGAUCAGAGAGGUAGGUGAAACUACUACCGCCUCUGAUCUUUGGGCCAAACUUAAGGCUAAGUAUGAGACCAAAACUACUCCAAACAAAUGUUUUAUUUUAAAACUAUUCUUCUCCUUUAAAAUAGAUCAUGUAGUUGAUUUAGAAGAAAAUCUUAGUAGGUUCACAAAACUUACCCAAGACUUGGCCAUUUUUGACGAAAAACUUUCAAAAGAUCAAUUGGCUAUAGUCCUGUUAAACUCCAUUAGUGACAAGUAUAAGGACAUUAAAGUUGCCCUUGAAUAUGGUAGGGAUGAACUCACUCUUGAUGUUAUAACCAAUGCUUUGAGGAAUAAAGCUUUGGAAAUCAAGGUUGAGUCAAGUAACAGUCAUACUGGAACUAGACAUAUAAAAAUUCUUAGGGGAAAUGACUUGGUCACUUUAGCCCCUAAGAGACAUGGCCUUUAUUGUCUGAAUGCAAAACCUUUGCUUGGAUUAACUGCUUCUGUUCUAUCUGAAAAGUUUACCUUGGCUAAACUGUGGCAUGAAAGGCUUGGUUAUAUUGGUAAAAAGGGUUUGGAUAUUUUGCAAUCAAAAGAUGUUUUUAGAAAACAUAAUCUUGGUGAUUUUGGCUCCUGUGAACACUGUAUUUUGGGAAAGCGAGCUAAACUUCCUUUUCAAAGUGGAAUUCAUAAAUCUAAACAAAGACUUGAGUACUUGCAUGCUGACCUGUGGGGUCCUGCUUCUAUUUCUACUUUAACUGUUAAAACUACAGCUUAUCUAAUUAAUAGGAGUCCUAUUAGUGCUCUAAAUUUUGCUGUUCCUGAAUAUGUGUCAUCAAAUAGUCCUGUAAAUUACUCUUGUCUGAAAAUAUUUGGCUGUGCUGCUUAUACUCAUCAAAAUGUUGGUUAUAGAGUAAUAAUUAGAAAGGAUGUAGUCUUCAAUGAAUCAUUGAUGCCAUGUCUUGAAGGAAAAGAAAAUGCUUUGACUGAUAAAGAUGUUCAAAUUGAGGUGGAGCCCUCCUGUAGUAACCAGAAUAUGUCUGUAACUAUUGCAGAAGAAAAUGAAAAUGAAGAAGCUAUUAUUUUACCUGAAACUGAACAUGUUGAAGAGGUUGAUUCUGCAGCUCUCCCCUUAGAUGAGUAUCAACUCACAAGAGAUAGGGAGAGGAGGCAAAUCAGACCCUCCACUAGAUUUGAUAGUAACACCUUUGUAUCCUUAUUUAUUUACCAAGACCUUACUGAAAAUGACCCAAACUCUUUGAAGAAGCCAUGA